CGGCAUCAUUUCAUCUCCCAAUUCCUGUCUCCGAAGAACGCUCAAAGCUCUUCUCUUUUUUCUUCCCCUCAUUCAUUCCCUUCCCUGCGGCAUCUGCAGCUUUUUGAGCCCCGUCUUUAUCCCUCGCCGCCUUUUCCCGCUUCCAGCCGCUCCGCAUUUUAUGCGUACUGUCUAAUCAAAUCUCUGCAUUUAAAGUGGAGCUCUCGGUUUGGGUACGCAGGGCGGCCGGGUCACCCAUCUUCUGACAUAGAUUCUGAGCUGUCAUUAAUUCUUUGUAGCUCUCUCUGUCUGUCAACCCUCGGAAAUUAAACAUCUUUGAACCACUUCUUAUACCCCUCCAUUCCAUGCUGUGAACUCGUGAAUUUCUUCCCUCCUUCCGACCCGAAUUGAAAAAAAAAGAAAGGGUUAGUUCAGUUCAGUGAAGUGGCAUCACUGCUGAGAGAGAAAGAAAACCUGGUAUUAGCGUACAGAAUCGAAAAGAAUGUCGUCUCUGAAGCAAGCGGAGGAAGCAAUGGUCUCCGGCGAAGUGGAACAUGACAGCGUGGGUGGAUACAAAGAAGCAGGCGCCGGCGAUGAGGAAGAGGACCAGCCAAUGUCCGGUCUGAAAAGCUUUCUCUGGCAUGGCGGCUCUGCUUGGGAUGCUUGGUUUAGUUGUUCUUCCAAUCAGGUAGCUCAAGUACUGUUGACACUGCCAUACUCCUUUUCACAACUGGGGAUGCUAUCAGGAAUAUUGUUCCAAGUCUUCUAUGGUCUGAUUGGCAGCUGGACAGCUUAUCUUAUCAGUGUCCUCUAUGUGGAGUACAGAAGCAGGAAAGAGAAAGAAGGUGUUAGCUUCAAAAACCAUGUCAUUCAGUGGUUUGAAGUGCUUGAUGGGCUUUUGGGCCCAUACUGGAAAGCAGUUGGGCUGACCUUUAACUGCACUUUCCUUCUCUUUGGAUCCGUGAUACAACUCAUAGCUUGUGCAAGCAACAUAUAUUACAUCAAUGAUGGGUUGGACAAGAGGACCUGGACAUACAUAUUUGGAGCCUGCUGUGCAACCACUGUCUUUAUUCCUUCAUUCCACAACUUUAGGAUUUGGUCUUUUCUUGGCCUUGGGAUGACCACUUAUACUGCCUGGUAUCUUACUGUAGCAGCUCUAGCUCAUGGUCAGAUUGAAGGGGUACAGCACACUGCACCAACAAAAGCAGUUCUGUAUUUCACAGGUGCCACAAAUAUUCUAUACACUUUUGGGGGGCAUGCUGUCACUGUGGAAAUUAUGCAUGCAAUGUGGAAGCCACAGAAGUUCAAGUACAUUUACUUGUUUGCCACUCUAUAUGUAUUCACUCUCACCAUUCCUUCUGCCACCUCUGUGUAUUGGGCAUUCGGGGAUGAACUUCUAGAUCACUCAAAUGCCUUCUCCCUCCUCCCCAAGUCCAGGUGGCGCGAUGCUGCUGUCAUCUUGAUGCUUAUUCACCAGUUCAUCACAUUUGGAUUCGCCUCGAUGCCAUUAUACUUUGUGUGGGAAAAAGUGAUAGGGAUGCACGACACAAAGAGCAUUUGCCUGAGGGCACUUGCAAGGCUGCCAGUGGUGAUACCAAUAUGGUUCUUGGCCAUAAUCUUCCCUUUCUUUGGCCCGAUAAACUCGGCUGUUGGGGCACUUCUUGUUAGCUUCACUGUAUAUAUAGUGCCUUCCCUUGCUCAUAUGCUCACGUAUCGCAAAGCCUCAGCUCGCAAGAAUGCUGCAGAGAAGCCUCCGUUCUUCUUGCCUAGCUGGACUGCCAUGUAUGCUGUGAACAUCUUCAUAGUGGUCUGGGUCAUUGUAGUAGGGUUCGGGUUUGGAGGAUGGGCCAGCAUGACAAACUUCGUGAAACAAGUGGACACAUUUGGGCUUUUCGCCAAAUGCUACCAAUGCAAACCACCCAAGCCAUUAGCCCUUCCGCCCUAUGCAGCACCUAAUGCCACCAUCAGACAUUGAGCCGAAUAACUUGCUCAACUUGGUUGAAUUCGCUCUUCUUAAAAAUUAUUACAGAUACAUGGGGAGAUAGUAAUAGUCUCCCCUACAUGCAUGUGAUGUAUGUGUUACGGAUGCAUUCUGGGGCAAACAAUACAGCAGGCGACAAGGCCCGGAACGAGCCCAGCACGUUGCAGAUUCAAGUUAUACCGGGAAACAAAGUGGCUGAAAGAAAACUAUUAAUUAGUUAUUACUAUUAUUCCUAUUUCAGUUUUAGGCAACUGCCUAAUUAUUCUAGUUUCCUAUUUCAGUUUUAGGCAACUGCCUAAUUAUUAUAGUUUCCUAUUUCAGUUUUAGGCAACUGCCUAAUUAUUAUAGUUUCCUAUUUCAGUUUUAGGCAACUGCCUAAUUAUUAAUUGCCUUUAGGACUCUUGUAUCAGCCUCUAUAUAAGGGUCAUUAUUAUUAUCAAUAAAGUACCUUUUGGAAGAAUUAAUUUUGUGUCUUGACUAGGUCGGACAUCA